AUGUUCUGUCCUAUGGAACAGCUGUGUGCCCCUAUGUCUUUAAAAUCUGUUCUGUUCAUCGUCUGCCCUGUGCAGGGGCUCUGUGGUUCCCAGAAGCCAGGAAGAAGAUCCACCAGCCAAAUAAUUACCAGCACUUCCAACUUGAACAUCUUCAGAGCAGCAACUGGAAAGGGGAUAAACAUCCUGACAGUAUAUAUUCAGACACAUACAGUCAGCAUCAUGAAGCUCUGGACACCUCAACUCGUGACAUUCCUCUGUAUGGAGCUACUGUCUGUGCUGGGAGUGAUGAAGGAAAAAUACAGCUGGGAUGAAAUGUUCAUUGAGGAGUGCUGGGGAGAGCCAAGUGUCAUUGAAUGUACCAAGAAGUGCUCUAGAGCCCUUAAAUGUACAAACAAAAAUUACACAUGCUGCUGGACCUAUUGUGGAAACAUCUGCUGGAAAAAUAAAGAAAUCUUUGCAUGAGGUCUAAACCCUAACCUCCCAGCAGGACACCAGUCUGUUCACACUGAGGGCUGGGCAAGAGCAAAUCCUUGACAAAUAAACUCAU